UCGGCGAGGGGAUUAUAACCAGCUUGUGUCCCUGGCCCCGUGUAUUACAUGGACCCUGCGGCAGGUGGAGCGACGUUCGUCAGAGUGCCCGGUGGGUCAGCUCGGCUUUCAGUCUGCCAUGCGAAUGGAGGACUCUCACCCGAUAGCGAGACACGGGUUCGAAUACAGGAAGUCACCAGUGCAGGACACAAGAACUGCCCACCCUUACAAUUUCUUCAACGGACCCUUCGAGGAGGCAUGCCACAAUGAUGGAUCCGUAAUCAGACGAAUGUACACAGUCCAGCAACGUGGACAACAUGCAAGUCUCUGCGUGCAGUCGUCGUCGUACUGCACACCCUCCGUGGAGUGUCUUGCGGGUGAGACAGAGAACGUUCAAUCACGGGAAACCGAACAGGAAUCUGAAGUGGACCGAAGAGUUAUCACCCCGGACAGCACCGACAUGGUCUCAGAUGCCCAGACCAAGGCCACAGCUACCAGCGCUGGUUCCGCAUCAUCAGAUCCAAAGGAAGGCCCGGAGACGAAGCCUCCCAUGUCUUACAUCGGACUUAUAUCGAAGGCGAUAUUGCAGUCGCCGGACAGACGAAUGAACCUGGGUUCCAUUUACACCUGGAUGGAGAUGAACUUCCCGUACUUCCGACAGAACAGUCGCGGGUGGCGUAACAGUGUCCGACACAACCUUUCCCUGAACGACUGCUUUAUCAAAGCCGGCAGGUGCGAGGACGGCAAGGGGAAUUACUGGACGAUACAUCCGGAAAAUUUGGACGACUUCAUUCGAGGAGACUUUCGCUUAAGACGACGUUCCCGACGUCGUGGACGUAAAGGUGACAACGCAAGGCCUGACGUGCUGGUCAAACCGACGUACCAGCCUCCUCAUUCGGCGGCUGGGCAGCUAUAUGUACCCGCUUCCAUGACCGGGGCCGUCUCAUUUCCGGCAGGCCAGCAAUAUCUCCUGCAGGACCCUUCACCGUCCUACCCUCAAGCUUACAACGCACCGUACACCAUGUACGAUUCCAACCCCGCCCAACACGGACCUCCAAUACCCCCAUACGGUACGUGGACGCACCCCCAAGGCGGGGAUCAAUGUGUGGACCUUAUAGUGCCUUCCGGGGGGCACAAUUACAGCCACAACCCCCCUCAUUUGUACGGGUACACGAACUAUUCUUACCCGGCUUACGGUUAUCAACCCGGGCAGUGGUAAAGGCGCCAGAAUCCACUUUAUGGUCAGCACAUCAUGAUCUGAACAGCCUGUGUAUAUCACGGAGAAUUUGUAACAUUCUGUAGCAACGAAUGAUGUCCAGGGGUCUUAUUUGUGUAUUUCUGAUAAUGCUUUUCAAAAAAUCAUCAUUGCACUCUUCGGACAGUACUGUUGGGCAGUAAGCAUUUUAUAGGAUUCUAGAAAAUUUUACCAUCAAAAGUAGAUAAUGUCUAAAAAAAAAUGAUAAUAUUUUUUUUAAAACACUAUUACAGCAUCAGGUAUAAGAAUCUUGUACACACACUGGAACGUUUUAUUGCUAAAUUAUUCUGGAAACAUUCUUCAUUUAAUUGUAAUUGUACAAAUUUUUCGGAGGCAUGCAUGAAUUGUGAAACUGGAAAGUAUGGAUGGUUCUAAGUUUAGUUAAUUUUUAGUGAAAUAUUAUGGAUGAUAUAAUAAUAUCUGCUAAAAUAUGAUGACAUGAAUUGUAAUAAAACGCGUGGUUAUUUGUUAUUUUAUCAUGCUAUGCCAAUUUUUAUUUCUGACGCAUUGAAGUCAAGUGCCGCAACCCUAUCUCACGUGCAUAUGUAUAAAUUAUGUUCAAGGUCAUGUGUUUUUCUGAGUGGAAAACGCUUCGUUUCAAUUCAUCUAUGAACUUUGAAACACUGGAUAUCUCCAUGGUCGCCAUAAAAUGCAUGGUAUGGACACGACUCUAAUAUAGUAAAACAGUAACGAACGCAUUUUCUAAGAAGUGUAAUACAUUACAAUGAAAGUCUAUACGCAUGAAUGACGCAUCUUGUAGUACUUUUGUUUCACGAUAUAUGUAUUAAUUUGUUGUCGUUUUACAUUCGAAUAAAUAUCGAUGUGUUUCUUUCGUUCAUGUGAAAUGAAUGAAAUGUAACUAUGCCUCCUGUUUAAUUGAAAGAGGAAUCACUUUUGAUAGAUAUGAACAAAGUUCUCAAGCAAAACGGGCGGCGCAUAUGUUUGACGACUAAAUGAGGGACAGUGACCAGUUUUUGAAUAGCAUGUAUGCAAGGAUAUAUUGCUUUGCACACAUGCCGUUGUGUAGCUCGCGAUGUAAGCAAGAUGUGUAUCACAGGUACUCAGUUUGGUACACAGUAAAAGUGUAGCCACAAAUGCAAUGUAUGCAAAGUACACAGUAAUGUUCCUUGCCAAAUUUGCUACAAUUAUGCGUGCCUGUGGUACAUAUGUUUUUAUGGGCAUUUUUGUACACAAUUGCUUUUAGAGAGUGGGCCAAGCAAUUCAUGGUAUAUGUAUAUACCACUGAACUGCAACUCCUUCUGCAUGUUUUGAAUGUCUUAAAAAACAUCAUAAUUUUUAGAACAUGUGUUAUUCAUAUUUUUUGAUAAUAUCUGAAAAUUCAAACAAAUCAUAUAUAUGUUAUUUACAGGAAUUGGCCAUUGAAAAGAAGUACAUGGUAUCAUAAUAUACCAAGGUAGCGUUAACAGUUUCUUGUGGGAAACAAAAGUUUACAGAAAUAUUAUAAUUAAUUAUAUAAAAAUCAUCAUAGAAAAAAAUCCUGCCUAUAGAAAUGUAUAGAGAUGGUCUCUUUUAUACAUUUUAAGCUCGAGCCAACAAAUAGACCUAGGUAUGCUUUGUGUAUACUAUUAUAGCAUUCAUCUAUAUUUUAUAUAUACGACGCGAGGUAAUGUUCAACUUAAUAGAUAUCUUCAUACAGGAUCUGUGUGAAUGUGAGAAAUCGCAUAUGUUUAAUAUGUAAAU